UAGGUAGUGUAGUAUUUAGUGGUGGACAUGAAAGGGUUAAUCAUGUAUUUGGCUACUUGCUCACUUGCUCUUCUACUUCUUUGGGUUACUGCAAGAGGGGAGGCUUUGCUUAACGCAGACGGUAGUAUUACUCAGCCAAAUGAAAGCGUUAAGAUAUCGGAGGAUCAGAUGGAAUUGACCCUCACGACAAACAUCAUACUUCCAGCUGACACCAUGUCAGUUGGAAAGGUUAUUGUUUCGGUCUUCACUGCAGAUGAUCGUGGUGGCCAACUCACUUCUCGAUUGGCCAACACUUCUGGAAUCACUGAAGCCUCGCCAAAGGCGCAGAAGGUUCGCGAACUUGGAUUGGAGAACGCCUCCAUCACCUUAACGUCGAAAGUCUGGAAAAAUCAUACCACUAAUCGGUUUCAGGUUGGAUCAGAAUUAAGAAUCCGUCUAAAUGGGUCGACGACGCUUUAUCAGCAUGUCUUUCAGAUACGAAAAGUACUAAUUGUAGUAACUUCUUGGGGAAAACUUGGUAAAGCGGAUGUUCGUCAUAAUGAACAACUCUUCUUUAUUUUUUACACAAAGUCAGUGGGAACAGCAACACCAAUCAGCACACUUACCCCAUUCACAGGUUUGACCAGCCAAGAAAAUGAUACCACACAUAAACCAUCAGUUACAGAUGCUACAACUUCAGGCACCAAAAAUAAGGUUGUCAUUGGUGUUUACAUUGGGAUUGGAGCUGUAAUUUUAAUCGUGAUGAUUGGAUGCGGUGUAUAUUGCAAGUGUGAAAGAAACAGAAGACACACAGAUGCCAAAAAGAUUACUGAGCCAUCGACUGAAGAAGGAGUAGAGCCUGGGGCAAUUACCAAUAAUGGUGUUUUCCCUCUUUAAUGAUUUCAGCAUUUUAUUACAUCAAUUAUACUUGUCUAGCAAUUUUUAUACAAUUAUUUUUAGGUAUUUCUCAGAAGUUGACAGAUUAAUUUAAGUGCAUUAUGAAUCAGAGUGGGUAGAGAGAUUUUUCAAUGCUUUACUUAAAGUAAACUGUAACUUAGGGUAGACUGCAAGGACUGCAUUACACUGCAAGAACGUGUUGCAGAGACAAAUCUUCUUGUGUAAAGAUAGCUAUACUUCUGUUGGAAAGCUUUGUCCUUGCUACAGAAAUUUUGUUGGCAGAACAAGUGACACAAAUUUAAACUGGUUUGAAAUUGGAUUUGAUGGCAGUUUCAAAAUGAGCCAUACUAGACCUCAAAUUUUAAGGCAGUAGCAAUUUGUAGCAGUGACUUGUUUUAAAGUGUCCUGGAGGAUUAUAAUUGCUUACUAGUUAAUGUUUUCAUAUAUUUAUAUAUAUAAUGUUUUCAUAUAUUUAUAUAUAUAAUGUUUUCAUAUAUCUUUAUAUAUGUUUUUUCAUAUAUUUAAUAUAAAGAAUGAAUGAAUAGAGUUUGGUCUGAUUAUUGGAGUAUUAAGCUUGAAUAUUAGCUACUGUGGGCACUAUGAAGAUUUAACUUAUAUUAAGAGUUUUUUUUUUCCCUACAAUGUAAACUAAGCUAUUGGGUAAGUUUAAAUCAGUUUGUUCCAAAUAUUCAUUAUUACAGUGGUCAAAAGUUGUUUUGUUGCAAACCCACUCGGCUGUGCCCUGUGAAUCCACAACAUUUUGACAAAUGUGAUAACUAAUGUUGUUGUCGACAAGAGUACAACCAUGCCAAAUCACUAAUGAUUUGCUAAAUGGCUCGGUUUGAGUAGAAAAUUAAAUUCCUAUUAAGUGAUUGCUACAGUUGGGAAGUAAUUCCUUAAGAAAAAUUUAACAGAUCAGGGGAAAGUGAGUGAAUAUUAUUGUGAGAUAGUGAAAAUUGUGAGCGAAAAAAAGAUCAGGAGAAACAGAAUUAAUCAACCUGCAUAUUGAAGGUGUGUAUUGAUACAAUAUUGAAGGCUGAAAGAAUAACUAGCUUAAGAUUUUUUAAGUUUUUAGUUGCAUUGACUUUUAAAUGACAUUAAUUCCUUCUUCAUGAAGACUUUUUUGUUUUUUUGUUUAUGACACUACAGGUGUCCCUAGCUUGCACAUUGAGCCUCGUGUUGCUGAUAAGUAUGCACAUAUGUUUACAUCACACAUAGUGUGAAAUUAAGGAUUCUUUGAGGAAUAGGGUCAAAAUCUGACGAUCUCGUUUUACAGUGUAAAUAAAGACUUUCUUGCAUUUA